AUGACUGUUUGUAAAUAUUUUAUGCAAGGAAAUUGUCGGUAUGGCAACAAGUGUUACUAUGAACAUCCAAGUGGGGACAGCCAAGGAUUUGCAUAUACAGCUCAGCGCCAGUUGUUUGGAGGUGGGAGAGGAGGAGGAGGGGGAGGGGGAGGAGGAGGUGGAGGAGGAGGAGGAGGAGGAGGAGGAGGGGUUGGUGGAGGAAACAAGUACAAAUGGGACAGACGUCAACAAAAUCAACAGCAGACAGCUGCACAAACAUCCCCAACAGAGGUCAUAAACACACUGGUGGUGGAGAUAAAAACAUGGGAACAGAGCAAGAUGUGGCCUUUUUCAUGUAUCGCGUUUGAGAAGGAAGGACCAUGUGUUCCAGAAUUCACAGACAUGUCAACUGAGGAGCUACGAUUUGCAGCCUAUGAGGCUCAGAAAACGGGAGGGCUACAAAGCUAUAUGAACCAUGUCCAGAAUCUAGUCCAAGAAUAUUCCUCCAAACGACAAGUCCUCAAAAAUGCUACAAUGUCAGUUAAACAGAAAAUGGUGUCAUUGAUAGAGGAAUACAGAAACAAGAAAGCAAGAAGCAGUGACAAGGGAGGAUCAUCGACCAUGUCUCUAUUUAGUAAUUCAGCUGGAAGUUCUGGAGCCAGUGGUACAAAUGGACUGUUCAGUGGUGUUUCUGGCAGUUCCUCUGCCACUGGUGGGAAUACAUCAUUAUUUGGUGGGAACACAGGAGCAUUCAGUGCUCCAAGUGCAGGAGCUUUUGACUCUGGUAGUCAGACCUCUGGUCAGUUUGGAACCAAUGUACCAAGUAAUUUAUUUAUAGGUCAAGCUCAGAACACAAACCCUUUUGGGGCUUCCCAAACAAGUUCUGGGAAUCCCUUUGGGGCCUCCCAGCCAAGUUCUGGGAAUCCUUUUGGGGCCUCCCAACCAAGUUCUGGAAAUUCCUUUGGAGGGAAUACUAGUGGAACCACAAUUGGUGCAAGUAGCCAAGGAACAUUCAAUAACACCUUCGGGAAGACUUCCCAAGCAGCUAAUUCAUUUAAUGUUUCCUCUCAGAGUGGAUCUAAUGUUGGGAACGCUGGUGCCUUUGGUGCCUCUAACAACACAUUUGGAACAACAACAGGGGGAAAUGUAGUGACAACACCAAGUGACAAAUCCCAAGCUACAGUGUAUACACCAAUGGAAAACCUUACCAAAGAGGAGUUGGCUGCUUACAACGCAACAACAUUCACCCUCGGCAAAAUCCCAACUAAACCCCCUCCAAUAGAAUUAUGUUUUGAUUAAUGUUGCCCGAUGUCAUGGACCCCCUUCUUCCUUUUGAUUUCAUAGGUACUCUCAUUUCAAUUCAUACAUGUAUAUG